CAUUCCAACACGCAACUUUGUUCCGUAGGAUGGAUUAUGCAAACGUCUGUGGAUUCUUCGCCACCUGACAUGUUCUUCAGUACAGCACAGAGAGCAGUCAGAAGCAGUGAGUUGAGGGAGACAGUCAGAGAGAGGGAGAGAGAAACUCCCCUUUUCUUUCAAAGUCAAGAUUUGAGCCACUUAUCAUUUGCAUACCUGAGAAACCUUUUUAAACCAGGACAAGGACAGGGGGCUGUGCUUCUGCUCAUUUAGAGUCUACCUGUGAGAGGUGCAGAGCUGCUUUGCCUUCAAGUGCAAGCCGGCGACUGGAGCAUGUUUCUGGAUAAACUGAAGCUCUGAAAAACUGUGAAGUGGAGAUAAAACUGGGGACAUUUUCUUUCUGUCACCGUUGUCACUGAGACAUUUUUAUUUUUGUUUCUGCUGCCUGACCCUGUGCCAGGAAAGGAAGGAAAGUUUCCUUGGAUCAACGGGUGCUGCAAAGUUAGCUCCCCUUGACAAGCAAGCGUAGCCACUGAUAGGUCUGAAGGCUCCUGUUUCUUUGUAAUCGGCCGGCUACAGUUGCCAUGGACCACCUUCUGCCCACCUGGCUCUUGGUGCUUUCCCUAUGGUGUGGCGAUGCCAGGGGUCAUCAGCAGACUGCCCCCCGGGUGUAUCUGAGCUUUAAAGAGCUACAACAUUCGAACACAGCGCGCCACUACACUCUCCUACAGAACACCACUGACUACCGUAUUCUGCUGAUGGACGAAGAUCAUGACCGUAUGUACGUGGGCACCAAGGACUAUAUUGUCUCGUUGGACCUGCAUAACAUCAACCGGGAGCCUUUAUUAAUUCACUGGUCCGUCAGCCAGCAAAGACGAGAUGAGUGUGUUCUUUCUGGUAAAGAUCAAAACGGCGAAUGUGCAAAUUUUAUCUGCCUUAUUGAGCCUUGGAACCGAACGCACCUGUAUGUCUGUGGGAGUGGAGCUUAUCAUCCUGUCUGCACAUAUGUGAACAGAGGCCGCAAGGCAGAGGUUUUCCUGCAGUAUCCACAGCUCACUGGAUGGCAGGACUACAUCUUCCAUCUGGAACCAGGAAAAGUCGAAUCAGGCAAGGGCAAGUGUUCCUAUGACCCCAAGCUUGACAGUGUGUCAUCAUUAAUUAAUGGUGAGCUCUACGCAGGCGUCUACAUUGACUUCAUGGGAACGGACGCAGCCAUCUUUCGCACCAUGGGCAAGCAAACUGCCAUGAGGACCGACCAGUACAAUUCCCGCUGGUUGAAUGAUCCAGCGUUCGUCCACGCUCAGCUAAUCCCAGACAGCGGCGAAAGAAACGACAAUAAACUUUACUUCUUCUUCCGGGAGAAAUCAAGUGACAGCGGCAGCUCGGCCAUUCACUCGAGGAUAGGAAGGAUCUGUUUGAAUGACGAUGGUGGCCACUGUUGCCUUGUCAACAAAUGGAGCACCUUCCUGAAAGCUCGUCUCAUCUGCUCAGUCCCAGGUCCCGAUGGAAUUGAGACGCACUUUGAUGAGCUCCAGGACAUAUUUGUUCAACAGACCCAAGAUGCAAGGAAUCCAAUUAUCUAUGCCGUGUUCUCUGCCUCAGGAUCGGUCUUCAAAGGAUCCGCUGUGUGUGUCUAUUCAAUGACCGACAUCCGCACUGUCUUCAACGGGCCUUUCGCGCACAAAGAGGGGCCGAAUUACCAGUGGAUGCCUUACACAGGGAAGAUACCAUACCCCAGGCCUGGCACAUGUCCCGGUGGCACCUUUACCCCUUCGAUGAAAUCCACAAAAGAUUACCCGGACGAAGUGAUCAACUUCAUGAGGAACCAUCCCACCAUGUACAAUGCCAUCUACCCAGUGCACAAGCGCCCUCUGGUGGUCAGGACCAAUGUAGAUUACGAAUUCACCACCAUCACAGUGGACCAGGUGGAUGCAGCAGACGGACGGUACGAGGUCCUAUUCCUCGGAACAGAUCAAGGAACGGUACAGAAAGUGAUUGUGUUACCCAAGGAUGACAUGGAGACUGAGGAACUGAUUCUUGAAGAAGUCGAGGUUUUCAAGAUGCCAACUGAAGUAAAGACAAUGAAGAUCUCAUCUAAAAGGCAACAGCUAUACGUUGGCUCGACAUUGGGCAUUACUCAGGUUACCCUUCACCGCUGUGAUGUUUAUGGAGAGGCCUGUGCCGAUUGUUGUCUGGCCAGAGAUCCGUACUGCGCUUGGGAUGGCAAAGCCUGCUCCAGAUACUUAGCAUCAUCAAAAAGGCGAAGUCGAAGGCAAGACGUACGGCAUGGCAAUCCAAUCAGGCAGUGCCGGGGUUACAACUCCAAUGCUAAUAGGAAAGCGGCAGAGACGGAGCAGUAUGGUGUGGAAGGCAGCAGCACAUUCCUCGAGUGCCAGCCCAAGUCCCCUCAGGCCAGCAUUAAAUGGGUGCUACAGCGACACGGCAGCGAGAGGAAGAAAGAGAUUAAAGUAGACGAACGGAUCCUCAAGACAGACCAAGGUCUUCUCCUUCGAUCCCUCCAGAUGACGGACGCUGGGAUGUAUCAGUGCACCUCCACGGAGAACAACUUCAAGCACGCACUGGCCCGGGUGCACCUCCGGGUCCUGAACAACGAAACAGUCAACGUGGUGCUCUCACAAGGGGGCCUCUCGCCGGGCGUGGCCAACUUGCAGGUGGGCAGCCCAGGCACCUCCAGGACCCCGAAACCAGAGUACAAGGACCUGCUCCAGCUGUUGAGUCAACCAGAAAUGGGGCUCAUCAACCAGUACUGCGAGGAUUACUGGCAGCGCCCCGCCAACAUUCUAAAGGAAAACUUGAACAAGCAACUCAAGGUGAAGCCCAUCAGAGAACAGAAAAAACCGCGAAACCGCAGAAAUCACCAUUCAUCCCCUCUGCAGCAGACAUGAAGUUCUGAGAUAAUAGAAUUUCUUUAAUAUAAAAUAUAACUUCCCUUACAACAGACAGUAUUUAUUGUAGGCUGUAUAUAGUAUGAUAAUUCAACUUCCUUGUACUUACAACCAAGUCCCCAUGACAUUAUGUAUGAUAUAUAGGUACUUAAAGAGGAAUGGUAUUCCCUUGAAUUGCUGCAUAACCUUAAGGGUUGUAAAGGAUGAUGGUUGUACACUUGGCAACGUGUCUCUCAGUUCAUGCUUCUUCCUGUGUUUCAAGAUGGAGGCAACAAGGGAACAGUUACUUUGGGGAUGAGAAUUCAUGGCCCAAUUAAGUAAUGGGAUAGUUAUAUGGUGUCAGAGGACAUUCCAUAAUAUAACAAUGCUGGGUGGGUGCAAACAUCACUAAGCACACAUCUUGCACAUCUUGUCCCUGACAAUAUCAGUUCCACGGUAUUCUCCACCAUAUCCCCCACCACCUGCCUAAAACAUCCUUCAAAUGGUCCAUCACCUCCCUUGGUAAGAAGGUCAAUCAAAUAAUCCACAUUAUUUAAGGAAAACCUUAAUUUAUCCAGAUCAUGUCUCAAUCCUGGAUCCCAAAGGUGUACCCCAUAUAUGCCUUUCAAGCAGAGCAGUUACACUUGGUCCCAUUCAGUAUACCAGCCUGUGAUACAUGCUGGGGUCAUAGGAAGUGCAGGUCUGGCCAUCUGCAGCCACCCCCCACCCCCACUUAUCAUCACCUGCAAUGCUCCCAUUUCCAUUCUUACGUCACUGCCUUAUUUGGGGUAGGCUCAAUUGCUCCCGGGGACUUUGCAGCCCUCUACCCCACUCCCACCAGAGUUACAGCAAGAGUGCAUCAGAACGUCACGGGCCUGACUGUGUGGGGCUAAACCCAAUGUCUCCAUGUGAUCAUAAGAUUUUGUUCCAGUGGUAUAAUGAAUGGGAGGCGAGGUACCAUAGCUAAAGUUCCCAUUAGAGGGGAAAGGUGUUCAGUACAAAAUUUUUGCUUGUAACUAUCUCUUAUGCUGAAUAAAAGGCACAACUUAUUUUGGAGCAUUUCAAUAGCAUGUGGAUGCCGUCCACUACACUCUGUUCCUCAGCCAUGUUAUUAAAUUACACCUUUCUCUGAUCACCUUCCUGACUCUUAUCUUCUCAUUGACAACAUCCUUCACAAAGUAUGCAAUGCAUUGUACUAAACAUAAUGAUAUGGGAACUUCUAACCAACAUCAUAGGAGAUACCUGAGAGACAACACCAGCAAGUGUAUUAAGUAUUACACCUCAAUUCAGGUGAAUAGGGAUCUCCUUUAACAAUUAUUCAGUCUCAUCUGUAGAUUUUUUUUUUAAAACUUGCAUUGUAUUUUAUAUUAGAAUGCAUUAAUAGUUAACGAUGGUCUACACCUCAGACUGUUCUUUGUUUUUACUUUUAUCCUCAUAAAUUAAAUAGCUUUGGAAGAAAAGGUUGUAUAAUUUGUUAAAGUCGUGUUUUUUUUAAAAAAAACUUUUUGUUGUUGUUGCUGUUACUUUUAUUAAAAGAAUAUUAAAAAAAAAUCUAAAUUGUGUGCUGGAAAGUGUGCAAAAACAAAUCCUUCUGAUGGUGCAUUUCUCCAGUAAUGGUAUAUAAUAUAUUCUGUGAUGUCACUUAACUUGGCUUCUCAUUUUUGUUGUUUUUUUUAAAGGAAGCAAGUUUAUUUUUAAUAACUUUAUUAAACUUGGCUCAAAUGUCAGUGAACAUAUAUUCUGUUAUAUGUAAAUAAUUGUAAAUCUAAAUAAGAAAAGUUCUUGAGUGUAUUUGUCAUUCAUGUUUUGUGCAGCUGACACAACACGACACAGUUACUGGAGUAAAAGAACACAGAUAUCCUGUGGAUGAAAUCAAACCAAAUAAACACUGGCUCAUCUCUUUAAUGUA